AUGAAAGAGAAGACGGGAAAGAUCAAGAGAAGAACACAAUCUUCAUCGACAAUGUCCUCAUCACGUGAUAAAGACACAUCUCAAUCACAAUAUAUUCCUCUGGAGUUAACCAUUGAGAUACUCUUGAGACUUCCUGCGAGAUCGAUGGUAAGAUUUCGCUCUGUCUCUAAGCUUUGGUCGGCCACCACCACAAGUCAAGAGUUCCUCAACUCCUUCUCGACACGGUCCUUGUCAUUGCAACCUUCAGUUCUACUAACCGUCAGAAAAAAGGACACGCUGUUCGUUUUCUCGUCUCCGUUAAACAAGACUAGUCCUUUUUCUUGUCUGGGAAGUUAUCGGUUUAGAGACCUCAGAAUUAGUUGCCACCAACAUUACAUGCACGGCUUGAUUUUCUUGGAAGGUUCUAAACAGCUCGCGAUUUGGAACCCUACCAUGAAACGAUCCAUCACUAUACCUAAACCUAAAGCCUCUGCUGAAGGCAGAUACUACAAAGAAUGCAUUUUUGGAUAUGAUUUGAUUGAAGGUAACUACAUAGUACUACGUAUAUGUGAGUUUAGAGACUACUCCAAGAUUUUCAUUUUUACAUUGGGAGCUCAAGGACAAUUAUUACGUAAAAUAAUAAAGAACGGUGUCCCUCAGCAUCGACGUACUAACCAUUGUGGUAAGUGCAUUAAUGGAGUCAUGUACUAUGAAGCCCUUGUUCAUCUUGGUGUUGGUAAUGUUGAACGCCGUAUAAUGAGCUUUGACAUCAGAUCUAAAAAGGUCAAUUCCAUAAAAUAUCCAAACACUUGCGUAUGUGAUCAUUUGGUACUUUAUGAAGGAAGGCUUACCAUAGUUACAUUUAAGUAUUUACCUACCCCUUCUAUUGAUCUAUGGAUUUUGAAGAAUGAGGAUAGACAUGAGUGGACGCAUAAAGGAUUUGUUUUGCCUCUUGCUGAUAUGGACCCAAUACAACGCCAAGAUCUACGUUUCUGUGGUGUUAGUGAUGCUGGUGAGUUUAUUUUUGCACCAUGGAGGUUGUCUGAAUCGUUUUAUAUUGUAUAUUUCGAUCUGAGGAUAAACGGUAUUAGAGAAGUCUUGUGUGAAGGAAGUCUCGGUAAAGAAUUUGGAUGCGGCAAUGGACUUGGACUUGGACUUGGUAAGGAAUAUAUGUACACCCUGAUGAGGGUUUACCCAAAUCACAUCGAGAGUCUCGUGGCUUUGUGA